AUGCAUAUUCUCAAACUGCAGGGUGAAAGGGGAUUCCCAGGCUUGGAAGGACAGCCAGGUUUGCCUGGUUUUCCAGGACCAGAAGGACCACCUGGUCCAAGAGGCGCAAAGGGUGAUGAUGGACUUCCAGGGCCUGUUGGACCCAAAGGAAUCAGAGGACCGCCAGGACUUCCAGGAUUUCCAGGAACACCAGGACUUCCUGGAUUACCAGGACAAGAUGGGCCACCAGGACCUCAGGGUAUUCCAGGAUGCAAUGGAACAAAGGGAGAACGUGGAUUCCCAGGCAGUCCAGGUUUUCCUGGUUUACAAGGGCCUCCUGGACCCCCUGGUCUGCCAGGUAUGAAGGGUGAAGCAGGUGAAAUAAUUACCUCCUUGCUGCCAGGACAGAAGGGCGACCCAGGAUUUCCAGGUCUUCCAGGGAUACCUGGCCCACCCGGUGCCAUGGGAAUACCAGGUCCACUUGGCCCUCCCGGGCCCCCAGGUUUGACGGGACCCCCUGGUCCACCAGGGCUGCCAGGACCAAAGGGUAAUAUGGGUUUGAAUUUCCAAGGACCCAAAGGUGAAAAAGGUGAACAAGGUCUUCAGGGACCUCCAGGGCCACCAGGGCAAAUUGGAGAACAGAAGAGACCAAAUGACAUUGAGUUUCAGAAAGGAGAUCAGGGUAUUCCAGGUGAUCCAGGCCCACCAGGACUUCCUGGGCCACAAGGUCCUCCUGGUCUUCCCGGUGGCGUAAAAGGUGAAAAAGGUGAGCAAGGAGAACCAGGCAAAAGAGGGAAGCCUGGCAAAGAUGGAGAACCUGGUCAGCCUGGUAGGGAUGGUUUACCUGGUGGGCCUGGAAUAAAUGGUGCUCCAGGAAGAGACGGUGAAAAGGGUGAAAAAGGUGAUAUUGGUCCCCCUGGUCCUCCUGGAAUUGUCAUUUCAAGACCAGGCAUUGAUGCAGCAGUGGGACCAAAAGGUAGCAAAGGAUUGCCAGGACUUCCAGGAGCCAAAGGGGAGCGUGGAUUCUCUGGUAGGCCAGGGCCACCUGGCUUGCCAGGUUCUCCAGGGAUCACUACUGUUGGACCUCCUGGCCCACCUGGCUUACCUGGAGAGAGAGGACAGAAGGGAGAUCCAGGUUUACCUGGUGUUUCUAUUCCUGGGCAGCCAGGACCUGAUGGACCACGAGGACCCCCAGGACCACCAGGUCCCCCAGGGCCACCUGCACCAUCUGUUCCUACUGGUGAAGGGAUAUGUGAGCAGGGGCCACCAGGUCCUCCAGGAAUUCCAGGACAACAAGGCUUUACAGGGGAGCGAGGCCAAAAAGGUGAUCAGGGAGACACGUGCUUCAAUUGCAUAGGAACUGGAAUAACUGGGCCUCCUGGGGAGAGAGGGCCACCAGGACCUCCAGGUAGUCCAGGUUCUCCUGGUUUUCCUGGACCAAAAGGUGAAAAGGGGCUUCCUGGAUUAACUGGCCUUGUAGGGCCACCAGGAUUCCCAGGGUCUCCAGGUGCUCCUGGGAGACCUGGUCCUAAAGGAGACCCAGGGGAUGUCUUGACUUCUCCAAGAAUGAAAGGUGACAAAGGAGAACCCGGCUUCCCAGGACCUCCAGGUCUUCCUGGCAUAGAUGGCACUCCUGGGCGAGAUGGACUGCCAGGCCUACCUGGCCCUAAAGGGGAACCUGGCAGUGUUGCGUUCAAAGGAGAAAUGGGUAUUCCAGGUGAUCCAGGAAUACCAGGUCUACCUGGAGACAAAGGAUUUCCUGGACCUCCUGGUUUUGGUCCACAAGGUUUACCUGGUGAAAAGGGCAUCCAAGGUGUAUCAGGCCGUCCAGGGCCUCCUGGAGUUCCUGGUCCAAAAGGUGACCCUGGCCAGACUAUUACAGAACCAGGAGUACCUGGCCCCCCUGGUCCUCCAGGAAGAAAUGGUGACCCAGGGCUUCCAGGAGAUCCUGGUCAGCCAGGUCAGCGUGGCUUAGCGGGCAUCCCAGGUGCAAAAGGAGAGCCAGGUAUUCCUGGCAUUGGCCUUCCAGGUCCACCAGGCCCAAAAGGUUUCCCAGGGACUCCAGGCCCCCCUGGAGCUCCAGGAACUCCAGGUCGCCCUGGCCUAGAUGGACCUCCUGGACCACCUGGUUUCCCAGGACAGAAGGGGGAUCGUGGAUUUGGACUUCCAGGACCACCUGGACCCCCAGGACCACCAGGCACAAAAGGAGUUCAAGGACAUAAAGGUGAUCCUGGCUUCCCAGGAAACCCUGGUCUCCCAGGACGGGCCGGUUUUGAUGGAACUCCAGGGCCCAAAGGUGACCCCGGACCAAGCGGACCACCAGGACUCCCAGGCCCACCAGGCAUCCCUGGCAUUGGUGGUCAAGGCCCACCUGGAUCUCCAGGACCUCCAGGUCCUGUUGGCCCCCCAGGGUUGCAGGGCGUUCCAGGUGAGAAAGGGGAUCCAGGCCCUCCAGGCUUCGACGUUCCUGGUCCUCCAGGUGACCAGGGAGCCCCAGGAUAUCCAGGACCCCCUGGUCUCCCAGGGCCUCAGGGUUCACCCGGACCACCUGGCCGGGAUGGAAUACCUGGAUUUCCAGGUGCCAAAGGGGAGAUGGGUGUCAUGGGAGCCCCUGGUCCUCCAGGGCCUCCAGGAACUCCUGGAAGAAGUGGCCUGCCUGGCUUGAAAGGCAAUAGUGGAUUACCUGGUCCCCCAGGGUCUCCUGGACCAGCAGGACAGAAAGGCAUCAAAGGUGAAGCAGGCCUGCCAGGUCCACCUGGAAAAGUUGAUCCAAAACAGCUAGGAGCAAAAGGAGAAAAAGGCGAGCCAGGUGUUCCAGGUAUUCCUGGUUUAUCAGGACAGAAAGGUUAUCAAGGUCUCCCAGGUGACCCAGGCCCACCAGGACUCAGUGGCCCUCCAGGUGUGCCAGGAUUGCCAGGCAUCAAAGGAGACACGGGGCUUCCUGGGCCACCAGGACCAACAGGACCUCCAGGGUUAAAAGGUGCCAUGGGAGAGAUGGGCCUGCCAGGUCCCCCAGGAAUUAAAGGCAGCCAAGGAAUAGCAGGACGUCCAGGGCAGCCUGGACCUGCAGGAUUUCCUGGAUUGAAAGGGGAGAAAGGUGACCCUGGUCUUUCAGGCAUCGGUAUUCCUGGUCUUCCUGGACCAAAGGGUGAUCUUGGUUUGCCUGGAUACCCAGGUAGUCCAGGCAGUAAAGGUAUAGCUGGAAAUCCUGGUUUGCCUGGAUUUCCAGGCAGCCCAGGUGCAAAAGGAGAACCAGGCCUUCCCGGAUUCCCAGGAACGCCAGGAAUUCCAGGACCAAAAGGUAUUGAGGGGCCUCCAGGUAACCCUGGCCUGCCUGGACCACCUGGGCCAGUAGGUGAUACUGGUCGUCCUGGCCCUCCUGGUCCUUCAGGGGAGAAGGGACAGCCUGGUCGAGAUGGUAUCCCUGGGCCAGCUGGUCAGAAGGGUGAACCAGGUCUACCAGGUUUUGGGCGCCCAGGACCUCCAGGACUCCCAGGACUGUCAGGGCAAAAAGGAGAACUGGGGUUACCUGGCCCACCAGGGCCCCCUGGACUUCCAGGUCUGAAGGGAGAACCAGGUUUCCAGGGAUUCCCUGGUCUACAGGGUCCACCAGGUCCACCAGGAUUACCAGGACCACCUCUGGAAGGUCCUAAAGGUAGCCCCGGCCCGCCAGGCGUUCCAGGACGGCCAGGUCCACCAGGCCCAGAAGGUCCACGAGGGCCACCAGGCACUGGAGGACUUAAAGGAGAAAAAGGGAAUCCAGGUCAACCUGGCCCCCCUGGCCUGACUGGUCAAAAGGGAGAUCAAGGACCACCUGGACGCCAGGGGGAUCCUGGUCGUCCAGGUCUGAAUGGAAUGAAGGGCGACCCUGGGGUUCCAGGCGUUCCAGGAUUCCCAGGUAUGAAGGGUCCCACUGGACCUGCAGGACCCGCUGGCCUCACGGGCAGUCAAGGACUGCCAGGCCCACCAG